AUGAUAAUGUAUUAUUAUCAAUGAUAUUUAGUGUUGGAUUAGUUCAAUCCACUUGUGAAGUCUUCAAAACCAUUACAACACCAGAUACGGGAGAACAUUUUAUUGAAUAAGAUUUAUCAUCGCUCAUUUCUUUAGAUUAUGCUUGGGGUGUGUGGAGUAAAUACUCUCAAUUUUAUAUUUCAUCUGAUGAUUUAGCCUUGCCAAGCUACUCUAUGCAUAUUGUUUCAGAAAAACAAUAGGAUUUAACAUACUUAGUUUAUUACAUCACACUUAAUAAAAAAGAUAAGUCAUUUUAUCAUAAUUUGUACAUUUUUAAUAAAGGGUCUUAUGUAAUACGAGAAUUAAGGAUAGAUUAAGCACUCGCAGUAGAGCGUUGGGUUUUUUUCUAUUUUUGUUAUAAAGAAUCAUAGGCAAAUUUUAACAUAUUUUUAUAUGUUUAAAAGGAGGAUUUGAAUGUAUAAAAAAUAGAAGGGGGUCCUUGUGCUUUAGAUAAAAAAGAUUUCAAGGAAUAUUAAUUAGGUGGAUCAUUGUUAGUAAAAACCAUAAAUAAAUAUAGUUCACUCGGGCAUUUGAGCCUUCCGAAAUAUACUAGUUGAAAUAAUUUUCUGGAUAAAUUAGCAAUAUAGAUUUAAGAGAAGGCUCACAAUAUUAUUAUACAGACAUUCCAACAUUUUUAAAUAACUUAGAGUAGAAUUGCUAAAUUGAUGUGUGUGAGAUGAUGGUGGAAACUCUUAUAACUUCCUUUAUGAAGAGUGGGGGUAUUCUAAGAAAAACUGUUACAUAUUUUGGAAGAAAAUUUAUGAUAUCUGGGUGGGCGAUAAUAAGAGAGUUGUCAGAAGUAAUUAAUAAUUGAUAUUUAGCUCAAAAAUCUUGAGAGUGUAUUAUUCAGAGCUUCAUUGAGGUAUUCUUAUUUCCAGGAUAAAAAUCAAGGUGAUAAAGCAAUAUACUGGAAAUAUAUUCAAAAUUCUCUUAAUUAAAACUUAAAUGGGUUUCAGAUUACAACUUAUCAUCACUAUCAAUCAGAGUCUCUAAAUUCAUAUGAAACAUAAGAAUAAGAUUCUUGGUUAGUUUUGGAUUAAUACUAUUAUGAAGCCUUGACAUUUUGGCAUUGGUUUGUUUACUAAGAGGGAGUUGAUGGAACUAACAAUAUCAGAUUGUCAAUUUAUAUGGGUCAUGGAAAAUAAGAAAAAACAUUCAUAAUGAAAUAAAAUCAUCUAGUUAAGGCUAAACUAUAUUUGAAUAUCGGAGGAGACAAAUACAAUCAAAAUUUCAACGGAGCAAUUCGUGAUUUAACCUUUAAAUAUUGUUAUAAUGAUGAUACACCAAACCCAAGAUGUAUACAUAAUUGUUAUCAUUAGAGUGUCAUUUUACUUGUAAAUCAUGUUUUGGUCCUCUAGAAAAUCAUUGUAUUUCUUGUGAAGAAAUUUAAAUAUCAAACAGAAAAUUCUCAAAGUCUUAAUGUUUAUGUCAAGAAGGAUAUGUAGAUGUUGGCACAAAAAAUUGUAAAAGUAAUUAUAUGGUUAUGUUUUUUUAGUUAGAGGAGCAAUAUUAAAGAAUAUAAAUAUAUAAGAAGCAACAACAUUUGAAAAUUUUGGAUGUUAAAGGUACUAAUUUUAAGUGAAUAUUAAUGGAGACUGGUAUUGUUUAGAUUGCCCUGGUACUAUUACACCAUUUGCAUUAUAUUGUUUAGAUUGCAUAUAAAAUUCGGAUUCUUGGUAUUUAAAUCCUAGAUGCACAACAGAUUAUUUAAUGCCCUUUACUAAUGAUACAAAUUAUGUUUUUUUGAAAUAAGAGAGAUAACCUUAAGAUUAUGAAUAUUUUCUGAUAAAUCUUUAAGGCAUAUCACAAUAACCAGUACUGGAACCUUGCUUUGGAUGCCUUGGUUAAACUAACAGCAGUUUCAAUUUCAUUGAAAAAUAAACUAUGAAUUAAAUUUCGAAAAUAUUGUGCAAGAAUUGUUAUCAACCAAUUAAUGGUGAAUGUGUAAAGUUUUAAUUAAAUUGCAAUUAAUGUGAUGAUAAUCAUCAUUGUUUAAAUUGUUUAUCAAAUUAUACCUUAUUUGAAAACUUCUGCUGGGCUUGUCCUAUUGAGUGUCCUGAUUGUAACUAUAAUAUGACUGGUUAUUAUUGUAAAAGCUGUAUUCAAGGAUAUUAUUUUAAUUCAACACUUGAAUAGUGCUAAUAAUGUGGCUAAUUCUGCAAGAUUUGUAUUUUCUCUCUUGAAUUAAAUCAUUUGCAAUGUGUAAGAUGCAACCAUGAUUCAGAUUAUUUUAUAUCUGUAGAGAAAUUUAAUUGCAGAAAAAAAUCAAUGCCAAAUUGUGAAAUGGAAGCUAGUGAAAAUUAUAUAAUUCAUAAUAACUUGAGUUACAUAUCAAAUGCUCAGCAAUACAGCAAUUCACUUGAUAUAGUUGCUUUUAAAGAAACCUUUCCAACAUUUUAGAUUUGUUUAAAAUGUGAGAAUGGUUACAUCAAUAAACUUUUAGUUCAAAAAUAAUAUGAGUGUGUCUCUAUUUAAUCUUUAGGGACUCUUUUACCUGAAGAAUUAAAGCUAAAAGUUCUUUAAUCUUAAAAUAAUAAUUUUUAGUUAGCUUUAAUAAGUAAACCACAAGCUCCAUCACUAAAAUUUUCAAUUAUUUAUGGAGAUCGUGUAAGUAUUUAUACCACUCUUACAAUCAUAUCAAAUUCAGUCACAGGUAUUUCAUGUUAAGAUCCUAAUUGUUUUAUAUGUGUUAAUAAUUAUAUUCAAGAACAAUAAUAUUGUAUGCAAUGCUAUAAUGGAUUUUAUUCCAAUACAUUUCUUGGAAGAUGUUAUCAAUGUCCUUCAGAUUGCUCCACUUGUUUAGAAUAAAAUAAAAUCUAUUAGGAUGCUUGGAAAUGGCAAUAUAAAAUUAAUUAUCAUUUUAGAAGUUAUUUAUUGGAAGGAUUACACAAUUUUAAUGUUUUUGGAGCUAAAUUAGAUCUCGAAAAUUUUGAAGUUAUAUGCACAGCUUGUCCACAAAAUGGAAUUCUUUACAAUAAUAAAUGUUAUCCUAAAUGCAACUGUGAUUCAUGCAUAAUUCAAAAUGAUCAAGUAGUCUGUAUCAGUUGUAAAAAUCAAAACACUAAAACAGUUUAUGAUGGUUAUUGUCAUCUUUGUCCCAAAUUUUGUGAAUUAUGUAGAGAAAUUACAUAGGAAGAAAAAUUAAAGAUCAAUCCAUAUUUUUAACCUACAGACAUCAACUUACAAAAAUAUGCAUAACAAUGUAUUAAACCUUAAUCUGAACCUCCUAUACAGGGGAUUUUAUAUUAUGAUCCAACCUUAGGCUAAGAAAUUAAUUGUUUAAAUCCUGAAAAAAAAAAUUGUUAUCUCUACCUAGAAAUUCCACUCAAUAUUUACUGUUCUAAAGAACUUUUUGAAAAAUAAUAUGCUAAAUUAGAUUCUCCUGAAGAUUAAGAUGACUUUUUAAGUAAAAAUGCACCAAUUUCUGCAAUUUUCUCAACAGAUACUGAAAAUCAUUUUUUAGUAGAAACUGAUUAUUUAUAUAAUGAAUUGAAUCAAAAAACUGUUAAAUUGGUCAGAUAUAUCUUAAAUUUAUUGCCUAACUCUGGAGAUUGUGAAAUUAAGAAAAACACCUACAUUCAAUCGCAAAUUCGUAGAAAUGUCUUUACUGUUAAAUAUUUAGAACUCAUUUUGGAGUCUUAAAACUUGUUGCAGAUUCAUCUUAAUGAUAAUAUUACAUUUUAUGAGUUCACUACAAUCAAAUUUAUAAAUUUACAGAUGAUUCCAAACCAUGUUAUUACAACAAUAAACAUUUACAAUCUCUAUGGUGUAUCAUUUUUCAUGGAAUAAAUCAAAAUUAACAAUAUCAAAGAAGGUUAAGUUAGGAUUAAAAUUGAAAAUCCUACUGACAUUACCAUUUAAAAUUUUGAAAUUUCAGACUCUAAUUUAAAUAAUCUCAAUGGCAUUAUUUUUUAUUAUUUUACUUAAAAAUUAAGAAAAUAAUUAAUGUUUAAAAUUGAUUAAUUUAUAAUCUAAAAUUGUUAGAUAAAUAAUACUACAUUAAUUUUUUAUUUAUUGGAUGAACAGAAUGGAAACUAACAAUUAAUAGUUAGUAAUUUUAAUUCAUGGAGUAAUUAUUACUCAUCAUCUAUUGUUUUCUACACUGAAUUCAUCAAUUAAAUUAGAUAAGCAACUUUAACUUUUGAAUUAUUCAAUUCUGAUCAUGACGUUUUAAUUAACUCAGGUUUUUUAAAUAUACCUGGAGCCUUAAAUGUUGAAUUAAUUAACAUGACUGUAUCUAAUGGAACUUUCAAUUCUUAAGUGCAACUAUUCAAAUUGCCUCUAUUUAAAAUAACUAACAUGCUUAUAUCUAAUAACACAUUUAAUAGCUUCGAUAAUCGAGUAAUAACAAAUAUACUUGAUACUUUGUAUAAAGAUACAAUCCAAUCAAAUUUACUCAUAAUUAAUAAAAUAACAUUCAAAAAUAACUACUUUAGAGGUAGCAAAGUGUUUAUAGAAUUGCUAAAAAGUGAUAAUUUCUAGAAUCUAGAAGUAAAUGCUAAAGAAGUGAUACUUGAUUCCAAUUAAUUUGUUUUUAUGGAUUAUAAUGGAUUUUUAACAUCUGCUAAUUCAUCUUUUUACUUUGAUUUAAACCAAAUCAUUCUUGAAGAUGUCAAUAUAAUCAGAACGUUCACUCUUCCUGAGAUAUCAAUAAAUAACGCAGAAAAGAUAGUGCUUAAUAAUAUGAAGGCUACAUUAAAAGAAGAGUUUAAUAUUAAAUUAUUACAUCAAUAAGAGUCUUGUAUCUAAAAGAAUUUAGAAAUAGGCUAUAGCAGUAUGAUAUUUAUAUAUAAUACUAAACACAUUUAAAUUUAGUAAAUUAAAAUUAUAGGGUUGAUAGUUAUAAACUUGCCUAUUAUUUUGAUCAAAUCAUUAGAAAAGACUAAUUUUAGGCAAACAGAAAUUAUAGAUAUUCAAACUCUUAAUUUGUCAAACAAUAAUAUCAUUCUUACUAAUUUGGCAGAGUCGCCUUCAAUUCUUAGCAUAAAUUCUGAAUAAGAAUAAAAAAUCAAAAUAAUUAACAUUACUGCUUUUAAUAAUCAUCAUCAUACUUAUUAAGAUAACUAAUAUAUGAGAUAAUCAUCAACAAUUUUUAUUGAAAAUCCUAAUUCUAAUAUUCUAUUAAGUGAAUCAAAAUUUUCAAAUAAUAUUAUAACUAACAAUCAAGGUUCCAACCUUGUAUUAAUAUGCAAAACUUUAGAGAUUUUGAAUUGUUCCUUUAAAUUUUCGAAUUAUUUACAAUUUUAAUACUUAAGAAAACGUUUAAUUUGGGGGUACAGAUUAAAUGAAGUUGUUUAUAUGGAAAAUUUAUAUUUAAUUUUUCCUAUCAAAUCAAAAGGAGGGAAUGCUUACUUGCAAGCAGACAGCAUUAUACUUAGUAAUGUUUCAAGUCAAAAUUCUUUGGCUUGGUAAGGAGGAUCCUUUUACUUUGGGACUUAAUCAAAUGGUUUAAUUUAGAUCUUGAAUUGUAAUUUUAAUUUCAGCCAAGCUAAUUUAAUCAUGACAGAAAAAUCACAAGGUGGUACUUUGUUUGUUGAUGCUUCUCAAUCAGAUUUAAAUUUACGAAUAUUUAACUCCCAUUUUAUUUCAAGCUUUAGUAGAUAGGAAGGAGGAACAAUUUUUAUAGAGCCAUCAAGAAAUAAAAAUUUUAUACUAAUUACAUAGAAUGUCAUUCGAAAUGUUUAUUCUUUGGCAAAUGCUUUUUUUAAAUUACCCAUAAUAUUUACAAGUAAUACUCUGGUUCUAAAUGUAGAGAUUUAUGAUUUAUCUAUUCAAAAUGAUUAUCAAGGAUUUUUGUCAUAUUUAGCCAGUAUAAAUAAUUUAAGUGAAUCUGAAUUAAAGAUUCAAAUUCAAAAUUAUUUGAUAUCAAUCGAGAGAGGUAAUAUUACUUUAAAAGAUUGUAAUUUUAUUGAUAUAUUUGAUUAUGGAGUCUUAGAUAUUAAGAAUGCAUAAUCAAUUAAAUUAGAAAAUGUCUUAAUGUAAAAUUUUACAUUAAUUGGCGGGAGCACUGUUAAAUUUAUUUUAAAUAAAAGUAUCUUUUUAAUAUAUUUAUAGAAUAUUUAACCAAUAUUUAAUUCUUAAACGUAAAGCUUAUGUCAUUUAAGGAAGUGGUAGGAAAUGUUACAAAACCUUCUGAGUCAAUCACUUCUCUUCCUUAAAUUUUUUAUAAAUGUAUUACUACUUAUUCCUAACCAGGAUAAUUAAAAUAAUUUUACGAUCAAAAGAAAAAGGAUAUUUUAAGUUAUUCCAACUUAUAUGCCUUAAUAUAGAAAAAAAUAAACCCUAUAUUUAUCAUUGAAAUUGAUUCAAUUUCAAUAAAUCAUUAUAUUUCUAUUGACAUUUUAAAUUUGUAAAAAAUAAUAUGCUCUAAUUGUUAAAAUGGAUUAUUAAGAUUUACAAAUGUUGAGGAGUAAUCAAAGAAGAAUCUUAUCUAUUUAAAAUAAAUAAAAAUGGAAGACAAUGUUUGUGGUUAAUUAAGUUGUUUAAUAAUUUCAUCAAAAGAGAUCAAUUAAUUAAAAUCAUUUUCUGAUAUUAAACCGAAAAGAUUAUUGAAUUAGAUAUAGCAGUAUUAAGAAAUGAAGCUUGUAACUGUAAAGCUUGAAUUUAGUUCUUUUUAAAAUAAUAGUGCUACUUACGGGGGAGCAAUAUUGAUCUCUGGUGUUAGUAUAGUAAUAACAUCUUGUUAAUUUUUAUUAAAUUGUGUUAAAGAGACAGGAGGUGCAAUAUAUUUUUAAUAUAAUAAUGGAUCUUAAUUCUAAAUACUUAAUUCUUUAUUUUCAAAUAACCAAGCAUAGGUUGGUGGAGCUAUAUUUUUAGAAAAUUAUGCCAUCCAAAACAAAGAAAAAACUAAUAUUGUUUAUUCAAAUAAUUAAGCAGCUCUUUUUGGCAAUAAUAUAGCUGAUUUUCCAGCUAAAUUAACUCUAAAAUUUUGUUCUAAGCUAUUGGAAACAAAAACAAUAGUGAAUAACCAGAGUUAAGUUUUGGAUAAGAUUGAUAUCCAAUAAUAUUUUAUUGGACAAUAAUAAAAGGAAUUCUUAAUGCUUCCAAGUGGUCAGCCCAUAAAUUAAUAUCAUUAUUUUGAUGAGUAAAUCCAAGAUUACAUUGCAUUAAACUUAACUUUAAGGAUAAUCCCUUUAGGAAAAGAGAAUGGCUAAAUAAAAGCAUUAAACGGAAGUAAAUGUAAAAUAAAAGGAAGAGAAAUAAUAAAUGGAAAAGAAGGAGAAUUUAAUAAUAAUUUUACUAGUUUUACAGAGAUAGAAUUUAAUACAACAAGUUAGGACUAUAAUUUAGAUUUUUUGAAUAUAUAUUUUGAUCCUAAUUAUACCUAAUAAGACUAUUUGUAAUUAGAGAUAAUGUGUGAUUCUGUAAAAAUUCCAAUCUUUGAUGAUCAGCCACCUUAUUUGUUGAAUGAUUAUUAAACAAAUUAUGGAUUAAGAGUGAAUUUAUAGACAUAUCCUUGCCAAAGAGGAGAAUAUAAGACUUAAUCUGGAACAUGUAAAUUGUGUGAUCCAAAUUCUUAUCAAUACAAUGUAAGAGCUGGUGAAUAAUGUAAAAUAAAAGAUUAAAUAAAAAUGGAAAAGAUAACUUCAGCUAGAAUUAUGCUAAGACCACAAUAUUGGAGACCUUAUGAAAAUAAUGAUAACGUCGAAUAUUGUUUGAAUAUGCCUGAAAAUUGUAUAGGAGGGUGGAAUCCUGGAAAUGACUUAUGUUCAGAAGCACAUAUUGGGGCUUUAUGUGAACAAUGUGAUAUCUACAAUGUUAGAGGAUAAGGAUCUUUUUCUGUUAGCACAAUUUAUAAAUGUGGAGAUUGUAAUAAUGUUAGUAGUAAUACUUUCAAAGUCAUUCUUGUUAGUAUUUGGACUAUGAUCUCAAUAUUAUUAUCUGUAAAAGGGACAAUUGAAACUAUUACUAAAGCAGUUGUUUAACAAAAGAGAGUAAAAUUAAAAAUAGCUACAUAUGAUCCUAGAACAGGUUAUGGAAAUGUUUUAAUCAAAGUAUUAACUAAUUAUUUUUAAAUUAUUGGUGUGAUUUCAACAUUUUAAUUAUCUAUGCCAAGCAUUUUGGAAUCCUCAGUUAGAUCAGUUGGCAAUCCAACUGAAACCAUGAGUUUAUCUUUAGACUGCUUUUUAAUCUAAAUUACAGAUAUCGAUAUCAUUUAUUUCAGAAUGAUAUGGGCUUUGGUUAUGCCUUUCUUAUACAUUCUAACCUUCAUUUUUAUAUACAUGAUCGCUGUCGUUAUUAAUAUAACCAAACUUAACAAGAGUGCCUUUACAACUACAGCCAUCUAUCUGUUCAUUUAUUUCUAACCUACUUUAAUUGGAGGAUUUAUAUCUUUAUUAUCUUUCAGAUAAAUAUCAAGUUUCUAUUGGAUUUAAGGUAAUGUUGCAUAUAGAUAUGAUACUUAAGAACAUUUAAAUUGGAUUAUUACUUUUAUAUUACCUUCUACUCUAGCCUUAGCAUUAAUUAUUCCAGCUUACAUGUUUAUUAAUUUAUAUAUCUAGAGACAAAAAUUAGAAGAAGAAAAUACUAGAAAAAAUUGGGGAUAUUUAUAUAAUGAGUAUUCAAAAAAUGCUUACUUUUGGGAAAUUGUAAAGAUACUUUAAAAAGGAUUCAUAAUUAUUUUUUUAACAUUUUAUGAGGAUUUAGUAAUUAUUAAAGGAGCUUUAGUAUUUAUGAUUGUUUUCCUAUACUAACUAUUAACUAGAAAAUAUCGCCCUUAUCAAAUUCUAUAAUUAAACAUAAUUGACGAAUUAAGCACUCUUAUUUGUGGCACUUCUAUAGUACUCUCUAUUACCAUCUAUUAAGCCAAUAUAUCAGAAAACCAAGAAAUUAUUUUGCCUUUUUAUAUCUUUCUGAUUGGCUUAAAUGCAACAUUCAUUUUAGUCAUUUUGUGGGGAAUAUUUUUAGCAUAAUUAGAGGAUUAAUAAUAAAAUAUAGAUAAAAUCAGAGAUAAAAUUAAUUAAAUAUUCCCAAGAUUAGUAAACUCUAAUUAGAUUUUAAGGAAGCUUCUCACAAAUAGGGCAGAAAAACAACAGAGAAUUAGAUUCAGAUUUUUAAAAAUUAAGAAAUAUUUAUUACAAAUUGUUCAUGCCCAUCCAGGAUUGUAUAAACUACCAAUCUAAAAUUAUUAAUUACACUAAAAAAGAAAAUCAUCCAUUUCUUCCAGAGGUUCAGACUAAUUGAAAAAUUACCAAUUUAAACCAAAAACUUUUUCUAAAGUAUAUCCGAUUUAUUUUGAAAUCUAAUAAUUAGAAUCUUAAAAAGGAGAAGAACAAAAUCAACAGAUAUGA